CACCGACUGCAAAAAGAAGCAAUGCCGUCCCCUCAGCCGUCACUCAAUAUUCACACCAUGGCCCCUCAUGUGUCGUACUGGUCGCAUAGCUUCCGUACGUCCUCACUCUUCCAAAAGCCAAUCGUAGUCAGCGAAGGCAGCUCGCCCUUCUCCCUUUUAGGCAUCAUUCUCUUGGGCGCACUCUUGAACCGCAGAUAGCCCUCAGAGUAGUCGUCCUCGCCUUUCCAAUCUUCACUCUCCCUCCGCCUACCCCACGGUGGUGUCUCUCUCAUCCCCCACCCGGUCUGCCAAGACCUUUCCUUGGAACCAGACGACUGACCCCCCACAGGCCGCCAGCCACCAGGGCUCGUCAGCCGAUGAAAUGACCUCUUCUUCUUCCGCCUUGCUGGGCGCGCUUCGGGCGGGGCCUGGGCAGUGUGGGCGGGACUGGUGGGGCGUGACUCAAAGUCGUCUUCGUAUUCGUCUUGCUCCGGGUGUGGCGGGAGUGGGGGAGACGACUCAACCGGCUGUUCGAGGUGGUGCGAGUAAGCCAUUGAUAGCCGUUUUAGCGUUGUCUCCAGCGUGUGCGCCACCCACUCGAGCCCAUCCACCUGCCGCUGGCCUUCCUGAAGACUCCGCGCCCUCAGGACCUGGCUGCACACCUCCAGCAGCAGGUCUCGCACAUUGAUGGCACGAUCGACGGGAUCUUGCCCUCGUUGCGGCCUCCUUGAUCUGGCGUUGGUGUCAUCCGACGGCCGUGGAGGCGGGAAGAAGGGGGACGACGACGUAGACGGGCGACGGAUGAGAGCAAGGAGCUCUGGCACCUCGUCCUGGACACGUCUCAGCACGUGACGGGGCUGGAGAAGUAAAAAAUCGCCCGCUCCGCAGGCCGUCAGGCGGACGAGGUGCCGCACGUGGGGCGGCAGAGGGGGGUCCAUGCGGUGCAGAUGAAGAGCUAUCCUGCACGGAUGAAAGAGAGGGAGAGAGAGAAAGAGAGUGAGACAUGCAGAAAUGGAUCGAAAGGCGGAGGAAUGCAGUGAUUUGGUUCUAUCGUCGCACCAGAGAAUCUCCUCUAGAGUAGCCCUGAGUGCCUCCUCAGGAUCAGGUGGCGCUGGCGGCCCAACGUCCCAUCCUUCACCCCCGCUGGGAGGCUGCAGAGAGAGGGCAUACCCCUCUGUUGAAUACACCGGCAUAAGGCUGACAGGCAUGAGCCGCACCAUCGAUGCCGGCCUACCCUUCCCCUCAUCCCGCAACGCCACGCCAGCCAGCACUGUCGGCAGUGCACUAGAGCCUCGCUGCGCCCCUGCUUGUGGUGAGGGAGCUCGCGCAUCGAACAGUGGCGGCCUCUGGGCAGCAGAGACGGGCCGUGAGAAACCGCCGGCAAUGGAUGUGGUGGUGCCAGAGGGGGGCCGGGUCGACACUCGCGAAAGCCGCUUGUGGCUGGCCUGAGACGCCGGCCGCAGGGCCGUGUCGGGCGAAGGCUCAUGCUUCUUGAACAGGUCCAACGGUGCGAAGGGCAGACAGGUGUAGGGCUUCAGCUUGUUGGGAGGAUGCACAGGCGAAUGCGGUGCCACCUGCUGGUCUUCCUCUGUAGCUGGCCGCUGAGGCACAUGCGGCAGAGCCAAGUAAAACGGGACGACUCCCUCUUCAGCUGUGUAGCGAGGCCGCUCUCGCCUCAGGUGUGCUUGGGACGAAGCUGGGCUGGAUGUUGGAGCCUGGAGGUCAUAGGCGCUCUCGUCGAAGGCCGUCUGUGGGGACGUCGACUGCACAAGUGAGUCGGGUGGAGGGCCUGGCCGAGGGGCCGGGGAUGCGGAGGACGCUCGACGGAUGAUAGGCACGGGAUAGACAGGGGCAGCCAGGCGCCUGCAGAAGUCUUGCUGCUCUCUCCACGAACGCCUCUCCUGAACACACAUGAAUUAGACACGCCAUUUGUGGCCCGGCGCGUUUGUUGACUGGACGGCUGACCUGCUUCUCCGGCACGACAGCAAUGACCUCCUGCCCGUCCUCCAGCACAUGAGUGGUCAGCCCACACUCGUUCAGACACUGCACAAACCUCUCGCGAUUGAUGGAUGUGUUGUCCGGACACACAGCGGCAUCUCCAUCACCCUCGCCCAAUAGGGACAUCGGUACCUUCUUCUUCCCAGCAGACGUCCCCAAAGGCCCAGAAAUGUCCAGGCGCGAUUUGGACUGUCCCAGGGUGCCGACAGACAUGGACGAGGCCCCUCGCCGGAAGGAUGAGCCGGAAGAUCCCAUAAAGAGACGCCGUGUGGACUGCAGCAGGUCAUCCGAAGGGCCUCCAGAGCUGCCGGUGGCUGCCAGAGACCGACGGUAGGCCUGCAUGAAGGCAGCUGCCGAGGUGUUGGUGCCACUGUCUUCAUGCUUCUUCAGAGACUCCGAGAUAACGUUCUUGUGCUCGUGCAGGUAUGCCUUGUAGUCGUCGACAUUGUCAGGGUGGAUGAGCAGGAAGGACGCGUUGGUCUGCCACCGCUGAUCGCCGUCUUUGGUCGCUCCGACCUGCAGGUCGCUCUCAUCGGUCUGGGGAGCCUCAAUACCCAGAUGCGAUCUCAGUUCUUUUCCAGUGAGGCCUUCGAAAGAGCCACGAUGAACUGCCCGAGCCACAGAUGGUCUGAAAGACCCGUUUGGGACACCCUUAAGGCUGCGUCGGCUUGUCCCUUCCGCUUCUUUUGCUUCUCUGGUCGGCGAUUGAGGGCUGCCGGUCUCCUCAAUGACGCUUUCGAGGUUGGUCCUCCCUCGAUGGUAGGAGGUCUGAGGCGUCUCCUCGACGAAGCGAAGUCCAAGCGUCUUCGUCGCCAUUCGGGG